AAACAACACACCCAAACCCUACAAACUUUUAUUUAAAGGAGGAGGGAAAAAAAACCCAACUUUUCCUGGGGCAAGGGACAGUACAUGCCCAAAGAUACAGUGCACUCUGGAAGAAAGACUGCAUCUCCCUCCCUUUCUUAGGAGCUGAUAGGUCAUUUAUUAUUGGAGCUGAAAUGAUAUAAACAAUCCUCUGUCUCUCUCGCUUUUUCCCCCCCCUUGUUAACAGCAACUUUCAUUGUUAGAGGGAGAGAGGGAGAGAAGCCUUGUUGGUUGACGUCACUUUUGGUGCCUAGAAGUGAAGCUGCUCAACAAACCUUGAGAAGAAUCAUCUCCUCCUGCUUCAAUCUGCCGCUGGGAAGGAACUAACCGGAGAGAGAGAGCCGGAGAGGGAGACAGAAACAAGCCAAAAAGAAAAAUCAUCAUCAUCUCCAUUCCAUCCCUCCUCUCUCUCUCUCCCUCUUUUUUACUUUUCCAAGGAAAACAAUAAGAAGAAGGGAGGGGACGUUUUCAAAACCCAGGAAAAAACAAUCCCAAUCUUCAUCCGGGAGGGAGGCGGGGGUGGGGAGAGUCCGCAGAGAGUCUCCCACUUCCCAACUAAAGCUUGCAAAACAGUGAUGUUACAAGACUGACUGGUUUCAUUACAAUAUGGAGUCUGGAGAGCGGUUAACAUCGUCAACAGCCUCUUCCACUACAUCUACUUCAUUGGCAACGUCUUCUACACCUUCUGUAGCUUCGGCAGUUUCGAAAGGUGGCCUUUCCACCGGAGCCACAUCUCUUAGCUCCACAAUCAACACCUGUGGACAUUUAUUCAGAGCAGCCGGGGAUCAACCGUUUACCCUGUCCACAGUGUCGAGUGCCUUCCCAAUGGUCAGCCACCCAGUCUUUGGUCUACACACAGCCAGCUCAGGGCAUUCAGAGUUUGGUGGUUUGGGAACACUUGGUACACCCACUGCCUUAGCCGCACAGCCCCACCUGGCAUCUUUUCCAGAAUGGUGGCGAGCAGCUGAUGUACACACACGUACAGGAGCAACUUUCUUUCCACCCCUGCUGGGGAUUCCAUCACUGUUUGCUCCUCCAGCUCAGAACAGUGAUUCCGCUUCAUUCCAUUCAAGAACUGCUGGAAAAAAUAAUCGAGGCAGUCUAGAAAAAGGUGUGAACGGGUCAAUAAAUGGAAAUAGUACAUCAUCCGUAACUGGCAUCAGCACAUCUGUAUUAUCCACUACUGCUGCAAGUUCCACUGGACAAGCAAAGGUUGUCACAUCAGGUGGAGGUAGUCGCAAAUCUAACCAAGAACAAAGCAAAACUCAGCUUUUGGAUGCCAGGGCUGACAAAAUUAAAGAUAAGAAACCAAGAAAGAAAGCACUGGAAAGUUCCAGCAACAGUGACAGUGAUUCGGGCACAUCAUCAGACACCUCAAGCGAAGGCAUUAGUAGCAGUGAUUCCGAUGAUCUAGAGGAAGAUGAAGAAGAGGAAGACGAUCAAAGUGUUGAAGAAAGUGAAGAUGAUGAUUCUGAUUCUGAGAGUGAAGCACAACAUAAGAGCAAGAAUAAGGUGCUAAUCCACGGUAUCACAGACCUGAAAACAGAUGGACAAAAAGCAACUGAAAAGCCCCAGGAAAAAAGAACACACCAGCCGAUACCUCUUGUGUCUGAUUCCCAGACUCACACAUCAUUCCAAUCCCAGCAGAAGCAGCCUCAGGUUUUGUCACAGCAGCUUCCCUUUAUUUUCCAAAGCUCUCAGGCAAAGGAGGAAUCUGUGAACAAACACCCAAGUGUAAUACAGUCCACGGGAUUGGUGCCCAAUGUGAAACCUUUGUCUUUGGUAAAUCAAGCCAAAAAGGAAACUUAUAUGAAACUCAUAGUUCCUUCUCCUGAUAUACUCAAAGCAGGGAAUAAAAAUACCUCUGAAGAAACUAACCCUCUGACCAGUGAAUUGCGAUUAAAACGGGAACAGUACAAGCAGGCCUUCCCAGCACAAUUCAAGAAACAAGAUCCUUCUAGAAGCCUGAAAAAGGUUAUUGCAGCUCUGUCAAGUUCAAAAGCAGCCUCCUGUUCACCAGCGCAUCCAAAACAAACAACUUUAGAAAACAACCACUCUAAUCCAUUUUUGACAAAUGCACUUUUAGGUAAUCACCAACCUAAUGGAGUUAUUCAGAGUGUCAUCCAAGAAGCUCCUCUAGCACUUACCACCAAAUCUAAAACCCAGAGUCAAAUGAAUGAAAACGUAGCUACUUCUAGUAGCUCCUCUUUUUCCUCACCAGUAAAUUUAAGUACAAGUGGGAAAAAAAACCCUGGCAAUCGAACACCUAUUAUUCCCUCUACCUCUCCUGUACUGCAUGGUCCGGGGAAGGAAAAAACUGUUGGCAAUAAUGUAAUAACUACAGUAAAAACGCAGCAUCGCCUUCAUUUGACAAAAUCCUUGGCGGAUCAGUUUAGAGGAACGGAUUCCGAUAUCCCCAGCAGUAAGGACUCUGAUGACUCCAACGAUGAAGAUGAUGAGGAUGAGGAUGAUGAAGAUGAUGAGGAUGAGGACGAUGAAGAUGAUGAUUCGGAUGACAGCCAAUCAGAAUCUGACAGCAAUUCAGACUCUGAUACUGAAGGGUCAGAAGAUGACGAUGACGAAGAUGAUAAAGACCAAGAUGACUCUGAUAGUGAUACUGAAGGGGAGAAAAUUUCAAUGAAGCUGAACAAAACCACUUCUUCUCUUAAAAGCUCUUCCAUCAAUCUCACAGCUCACUCGACGCCACUUAAUCUCCAAGUAGCAAAAACCCCAGGCUCUGCUCCAGCUGCCUUAUGUCCUGAAUCUCAGUCACCGGUUUUUCUUGGCACUCCUUCGUCCACACUUUCUUCAAGUCCACACUGUGGUACUUCAAAAAGGAGAAGGGUAACAGAUGAGCGGGAGCUGCGUAUUCCUCUGGAAUAUGGUUGGCAAAGAGAGACAAGAAUAAGGAACUUUGGAGGACGGCUUCAAGGAGAAGUAGCAUAUUAUGCUCCAUGUGGGAAGAAACUUAGACAGUACCCUGAAGUAAUAAAGUAUCUCAGCAGAAAUGGAAUAAUGGAUAUCUCAAGGGACAAUUUCAGCUUCAGUGCAAAAAUAAGAGUGGGUGACUUCUAUGAAGCCAGAGAUGGACCGCAGGGUAUGCAGUGGUGUCUUCUGAAAGAAGAAGAAGUCAUUCCUCGUAUCAGGGCAAUGGAAGGUCGUAGAGGACGACCACCAAAUCCAGAUAGACAGCAUGCUAGAGAAGAGUCCAGAAUGAGACGGCGUAAAGGUCGACCCCCAAAUGUUGGCAGCACUGAAUUUUUAGACAAUACGGAUGCCAAACUGCUUAGGAAAUUGCAAGCUCAAGAAAUAGCCAGGCAAGCAGCACAAAUAAAGCUUUUGAGAAAACUUCAGAAGCAGGAACAGGCUCGAGUUGCCAAAGAAGCAAAAAAACAGCAAGCAAUUAUGGCGGCUGAAGAAAAACGGAAGCAAAAAGAACAAAUAAAGAUAAUGAAGCAACAGGAGAAAAUUAAGAGAAUACAGCAAAUCAGAAUGGAAAAAGAACUUCGAGCCCAGCAAAUUUUAGAGGCUAAAAAGAAAAAGAAGGAAGAAGCGGCAAAUGCCAAAUUAUUGGAGGCCGAGAAACGAAUAAAGGAAAAAGAAAUGAGGCGACAACAAGCCGUUCUACUAAAGCAUCAGGAGCGAGAGAGACGGCGUCAGCAUAUGAUGCUUAUGAAAGCUAUGGAAGCUCGUAAAAAAGCCGAAGAGAAAGAACGAUUAAAGCAAGAAAAACGUGAUGAAAAAAGAUUGAAUAAAGAACGUAAACUAGAGCAACGGAGACUGGAAUUAGAAAUGGCAAAGGAACUAAAGAAGCCUAAUGAAGAUAUGUGCUUAGCAGACCAGAAGCCUUUGCCGGAGUUGCCUCGCAUUCCAGGCCUUGUCCUUUCUGGAAGUACAUUUUCGGACUGUCUUAUGGUGGUACAGUUCUUACGUAACUUUGGCAAAGUUCUUGGCUUUGAUGUGAACAUUGAUGUCCCAAGCCUGAGUGUUCUUCAGGAAGGAUUGCUCAACAUGGGGGACAGCAUGGGAGAAGUGCAAGAUUUGCUCGUGAGACUCCUCUCAGCUGCAGUGUGUGAUCCAGGUCUAUUAACAGGAUAUAAGGCCAAGACAACGCUUGGGGAGCAUUUAUUGAAUGUUGGUGUCAACCGGGACAAUGUUUCUGAGAUCCUGCAGAUUUUUAUGGAAGCUCACUGUGGACAAACUGAGCUUACAGAAAGUCUUAAGACCAAAGCCUUCCAGGCACACACUCCAGCUCAGAAAGCAUCAGUUCUUGCUUUUCUUAUUAAUGAACUAGCGUGCAGUAAGAGCGUUGUGAGUGAAAUUGACAAGAACAUUGAUUACAUGUCAAAUUUAAGAAGAGAUAAAUGGAUGGUGGAAGGGAAACUUCGCAAGCUUAGAAUUAUUCACGCCAAGAAAACGGGCAAGAGGGACACUUCAGUUGGAGGUGAUCUCGGGGAAGAGCAACACCCCCUGGGCACACCCACCGCGAGCCGCAAACGCAGGCGAAAGGGAGGAGACAGUGACUACGACGAUGACGAUGACAGUGAUGACCAAGCCGAUGAAGACGAUGAAGAUGAAGAAGAAAAAGAUGACAAAAAGGGGAAAAAGACAGAUGUCUGUGAUGAUGAGGAUGAUGGUGAUCAGGCCGCAAGUGUUGAGGAGCUAGAGAAACAGAUUGAAAAACUCACGAAGCAACAAAGCCAAUACCGAAGGAAGCUGUUUGAUGCUUCUCACUCUCUGCGUUCAAUGAUGUUUGGUCAAGAUCGUUACAGACGCCGGUAUUGGAUCCUGCCCCAGUGCGGGGGUAUUUUCGUGGAAGGCAUGGAAAGUGGUGAAGGUCUGGAAGAAAUUGCAAAAGAAAAAGAGAAGCUAAGAAAAGCUGAAAGUAUCCAAAUCAAAGAAGAGAUGUUUGAGGUUUCUGCGGACAAAUUAAACUGUUUAAACACAGGUCACUGUGAGCAAAAAGAAGACCUUAAAGAAAAAGAUAACACUAAUCUAUUUCUGCAGAAGCCAGGCUCUUUUUCCAAACUAAGCAAACUGCUAGAAGUAGCAAAGAUGCCUCCUGAAUCAGAUGUAAUCCCCAAACCAAAUGGGAGUGCUGCAAAUGGGUGCACACUAUCUUAUCAAAACAACACCAAAAAUGCACUCUACAGCCUUCAAACACCAGCACCCCAAGUCAGCUCUGAAAAGGCAGACUCCAAUGCUCUGUUUAGCCCAGUUUCAAGUGGGCCAGGGAAAUUUUACAAUCCACCGUUAAUCCCAAAUGACCAGUUGCUAAAAACCCUAACGGAGAAGAGUAGGCAGUGGUUCAGCCUUCUACCAAGAACACCUUGUGAUGAAACCUCAGUUACCCAUAUUGAUGCAUCCCCUGCUGCUUCUUCAGUGGCUCCUCAGUCUCAACCACCGUCUAAAUCACCCUCGCCUGUCCCAUCACCUCUUCUUAGCUCAUCCUCUGCUCAAACUCCCAUGGGACUAAGUCCUUUUACUGUAACACCACUUCAGAUAAAGAGUGGAUUACCAAUAAUGGGACUUCAGUUCUGUGGAUGGCCCACGGGAGUUCUUACUUCAAGUCUUCCAUUUACAUCUCCUUUAUCGAGUUUAGGUUCAGGGUUGGGUCUGGCCGAAGGAAAUGGUAAUUCAUUCUUGACCCCCAAUGUUCCUUCAGCUAAAAGUGAAUCACCAGUGCCACCAGGUGAAAAGGCAGCUUCCGCUGUCCCUGCAGCAGUUGAAGUAGCCAAACCAGUAGAUUACCCUAGUCCAAAACCCAUUCCGGAAGAAAUGCAGUUUGGUUGGUGGAGAAUUAUUGACCCAGAGGACUUAAAAGCUUUGCUCAAAGUGCUGCAUCUCAGGGGAAUAAGAGAAAAGGCCUUACAGAAACAAAUACAGAAACACUUAGACUAUAUAACCCAGGCCUGCAUCAAGAAUAAAGAUGUUGCUAUCAUUGAAAUAAGUGAAAAUGAGGAAAACCAAGUUACCCGCGAUGUUGUGGAGAACUGGUCGGUAGAAGAGCAGGCUAUGGAGAUGGACCUGAUUAUUCUACAGCAGGUGGAAGACUUAGAAAGGAGAGUCGCAUCAGCUAGUUUACAAGUUAAGGGUUGGAUGUGUCCAGAGCCCGCCUCAGAAAGGGAAGACCUGGUAUAUUUUGAACAUAAAUCAAUUACUAAAUUAUGCAAGGAGCACGAUGGAGAGAGUGGAGGAGGAGACGAAGGAGGUGCCAGUGCUCUAGAACGGAAGAGUGACAACCCUCUAGAUAUAGCUGUAACCAGGCUGGCUGAUUUGGAGCAGAACAUAGAGCGAAGAAUUGAAGAGGAUAUUGCUCCAGGGCUCAGGGUAUGGCGAAGGGCAUUGUCAGAAGCUCGCAGUGCCGCCCAGGUAGCUCUGUGCAUUCAGCAGUUACAGAAAUCAAUAGCAUGGGAAAAAUCAAUUAUGAAAGUUUAUUGCCAAAUCUGCCGAAAGGGAGAUAAUGAGGAGCUGCUGCUUCUUUGUGAUGGCUGCGAUAAAGGAUGUCACACUUACUGCCACAGACCGAAGAUCACUACUAUACCAGAUGGUGACUGGUUUUGCCCGGCCUGUAUUGCUAAGGCAAGCGGUCAAACCCUAAAAAUAAAAAAACUGAGUAUCAAAGGGAAAAAAAGUAAUGAACAAAAGAGAGGCAGGAAGCUGUCUCUGACCGGAGAAACUGAAGAUGAAGAUUCUGCAACCACAAGUAGCUCUAUAAAGAGAGGAAGUAAAGACCCCAAAAAGAGAAAAAUGGAAGAAAAUACUCCAGUCACCCUCAUAAAACAAGAAAGCUUCAGUCCUCUUAAGAAACCUAAAAGAGAUGACUCUAAGGAUCUGGCUUUCUGCAGCAUGAUCCUGACUGAAAUGGAAACUCAUGAAGAUGCAUGGCCUUUCCUCCUUCCUGUAAACUUGAAACUCGUUCCUGGGUACAAGAAAGUUAUUAAGAAACCUAUGGAUUUUUCCACCAUUAGAGAAAAAUUGAGUAGUGGACAGUACCCUAACCUUGAAACCUUUGCUCUAGAUGUCAGGCUUGUCUUUGACAACUGUGAAACCUUUAAUGAAGAUGAUUCUGACAUAGGCAGGGCUGGCCACAACAUGAGGAAAUAUUUUGAAAAAAAAUGGACAGACAUUUUCAGAGUGAGCUGAAGUUAUCAGAACUCCUUUCCCCUACCCCCCCCUCCAGCCCCCAUUAAACGAGGACAAACGAGACCAGCAAUGUGAACUGUUCUUUACGUAAAAGUGCAAGGCGCACACAUAAUUAAUGACUGUUGUUUUUUUUCCUUUAAAACGUAUCGCGGAAGAGUGAUACUAAUUCUAAAGGCUUCACUCCUACAGCAACCAUGGCCCUUGGUUAUUGGUUUGUGUGUUUUGUCAACUGAUUUAGGUAGAACAGGGAAGCACACCCAAAGAAUUUUCAAAGAAAGGGGUGUUCUAGUGCAAUAGCAAUGAAAUAUAUCAAACCGCACUGAAUAUUCAACCACCAGAGCUCUACUUGGGGAAUGGUUCUCCUUUCCCUCUCAAUAAAUAUCUAUUUUUCAUUUUUUUUACUUUGUAGUUUAUUUUUUAGUGAAUGUAUUUAAUUUUAUGAAUUAUUUAUGAUUAAACCGCAUCCAGAAUCUUCGUUUUCUGUGAAAAGGAAGAAUUAGAAAAUUGCUUUAAAUCUUGAAAAUACAACAAGGAAUGUUUUAAAAUAUAAAACAAAGCCAAGUAAAACUGUUUACACUGAUGUGCUAUAAAAGCACUAAAAAUUAAACUUUACUGUAGAGUUACAAGUACAUUUAUAUAUAUGUUGCUGCAUCACUUGUGUAGUUAAACUGUAUUUCAGGACCGUGAAGAAAAUUGAGACAUAUGUAUAUACUGUUCAUUAUUGUUUAUAUUAAGUCUUGUUUUAAAUAUGUAUGAUGUGUACAUAUUGUUUGCAGACAUUAUUGUUUAUGCCUUAGAAGGAUUGUAGCAUUUUAUUUUAGUCUUAAGGUAAUUAUAGAUAUGCAGCUUGUACAGUAAUUAUCCUCUACCAACACUGUGGAGUCUCCUUAAUCUUGGUAGUGCCUGCCUUUAAAACAGGGUGUAGGGGAUAUUAGUUUUCCAUUUUUUCUAUUUUGUUAUAUAAUUUCAAGCCACCAGGGCCUCAAAUUCAAGUAUAUAAUCAUUUGUAUCCAUGUGGAAUAAAAUUGUGACAAUUUCCUACGCACACAGUAUUUUUUCAUAGAAACAUUUCCCUCCAUUUGCCUUGCCACAGAAAUAAAUUUAAAAAAGACAUUUGUAACCACUGUGUUUUAUCUACUGUGUGUUGUGGUGGCCUGUUGGAGGCAGGUAGAUCAGAAUUUUUUUUGUACCUAUGUAAGAGUACUUGAAGUUUUAUUUAAAACAAAAUGUUGUGGGAAAGUUAGCAUUCUUUUUUUUUUAGGAGUGUUAUUUUUCACUAGUAUGUGUGGCACGGAUACAAUAAAAAACAGUUUUGCAAAUCA